AUGUAUUAUAUUUGUUGUACAUUUAUAUGAUUCUUCUGUUAGUUUUCAUUUUUCAUUCUUGUACCAUAUCCUACACAUUUUCUAAUUAUCAAUUUUUAACUAAUUAUUAAACAUGGAAAAUGAGCCUAUGUCAGUUGAUAAUGACAAAAAACAUUCUAAUACUGAAUUAUUUGGUUCUAGCUCAUUAAUGAGUGAGGAUUUGUUAUCGUUUGUUCCUUCCGAAUCUAUGUUCAAGUUUAACCGUUUAAAUUUAAACCAAAUUGACCAAAACAAGGUCAAAGAAACUCUUCAAAAUCAGAAAGAUGAUUUUUUAAAUAAAAUGUCUUCCGUUACAAAAAUUAAUCGUUCAUUAAAAUCAACUAUCGACGAGUUAUCGCAUUCAACAUCUUCAAUACUGAAAGAAAUUCAAAUAAAUGACAUUUCCUUUAACUCAAUUAGUGACGAUGUUAGCAAUGUUUACAAGCAAAUUGAGGAUUCUAAAAACCUUUUAAAUGAUCUCAGAACUGAAAAGUCUCACCUAAAAUCCAUACUAUCAUCCAAAUCUGAAGAAUAUGAAUCGUAUUUUAAGAAUAAAAAUUCUCAAGAUAUUUGGUCAUGUAAAGCUUACUACUUGGAGCUACUGCUAGGAGUAAAAAUAUCAAGCCUAAAUGGUUCAAUGAAGAUUUCAUUUUCUAGACUUAUAAGUUCAGAUCCUUAUAAAAAUUGUACUAUAAUUCUCAAACUCGAGGAUGAGAGAUUCACUGGAAUCUCAUCUGACCCACCAAUUAAGGAUUUCAGCAGACUAGUCAAUGAACUCAACAACGGCCUUGAUUUCGGUUCAUUUCUAUGCCUAAUUAGGAAAUCAUUCAAAUUGCUUUUACAACCAACUUGAAUUUAAUUAAUUUUAAAAAUUAUCACGAUAAACCGAGAAUCUAAAUCUGAGAAAAGAAUCGAGCUAUUAACGGCAUUACGAUUUAUACACGUGUUAAUGUUCAUUAUAUCCGCCAAUUUCCGAGGAAUCUAGCACAAAAAAGA